AGAGAUGGAAAAAUGAUUGGAAUCACAGAACCUCGUCGUGUUGCAGCAAUAUCUAUGUCAAGAAGAGUUGGUUUUGAGAUGGGGUUAUCUUCAGAAAAUGUUUCUUACCUCAUACGUUAUGAAGGAAAUGUGACAGAAAAAACACAAAUUAAAUUUAUGACAGAUGGUGUUCUUUUAAAGGAAAUACAAAGUGACUUCAUUCUUUCACGAUAUGCAGUUAUCAUACUUGAUGAGGCUCAUGAACGCAGUGUAUAUACAGAUAUAUUACUUGGAUUGCUGUCUCGAAUCGUUCCAUUGCGCAGAAGACGAGGAAAUCGUUUGAAACUCAUAGUAAUGUCUGCCACCCUACGUUUGGAAGAUUUUGUACAAAAUGAGAAACUGUUUCGAAUUCCACCACCAGUAAUAAAUGUGGAAUCACGACAAUUUCCUGUUACUGUACAUUUUAAUAAGUACACUCGUGAAGAUUAUUUGAAAGAAGCUUACCUCAAAGCUUGUAAAAUUCAUACUCGACUGCCUCCAGGAGGCAUAUUAAUUUUUGUCACAGGU